CCGAGGGAAUUAGUCCGGGAGGAAAUGGCGAUAAAUGAGGGUUUGGAAGAGAUAAACAAGAAAGGUGAGGAAAGGGAAAAAGAAAUCGAAAUGGAUAGAUUUCAUAUUGAGCGAGGAAAGGUAAAAUGUGAGUGUUGGCAAUGUGCGGCUAAUAAACCACAAGCGGAGGAAAAGACAGAGGGAAAGGAGCAAUGUCCUGAGUGUGAAAAAUGGGUGAAAAAGUUGGAUAGUGAGAAUGGAAUUU